GCCGGGCUGGGGCAGCCAUGGCAGCCACGCUAAUCUGGAUUCCUCUCCUUGUAGGUCUCCUGGCAGGGCUGGUGGGCACCGAGGCCCAGGAGACCACCCUGCACCCGCUUGUGGGCCGCGUCUUUGUACACACCCUGGACCAUGAGGCCUUCCUGCGCCUUGCUGAGCAUGUCGCUGUCCCACCCUCUGUCCCUGUCACCUACCAUGCCCACCUCCAGGGACACCCAGACCUGCCCCGGUGGCUCCGCUACACCCAGCGAAGCCCCCAUCACCCUGGCUUCCUCUACGGCACCGCCACCCCAGAAGAUCGUGGACGCCAGGUCAUCGAGGUCACAGCCUACAAUCGGGACAGCUUCGACACCACCCAGCAGAGUCUGGUGCUAUUGAUUGGGGAUCCAGAAGGCCCCCUGCUGCCAUACCAGGCUGAGUUCCUGGUGCGCAGCCAUGAUGUGGAGGAGGUGCUGCCCUCAACACCUGCCAGCCGUUUCCUCACAGCCCUGAGAGGGCUCUGGGAGCCUGGGGAGCUCCAGCUGCUCAACAUCACCUCUGCCUUGGACCGUGGGGGCCGAGUUCCCCUUCCUAUCGAGGGCCGCAAAGAAGGGGUGUACAUCAAGGUGGGCUCUGCCUCACCCUUCUCCACCUGCCUGAAGAUGGUGGCAUCCCCUGACAGCCACGCUCGCUGUGCCCAGAGCCAGCCUCCUCUUCUGUCCUGCUAUGACACCUUGGCACCUCACUUCCGCGUUGACUGGUGCAAUGUGUCCCUGGUGGAUAAAUCAGUUCCAGAGCCUGUAGACGAGGUACCCACUCCAGGCGAUGGCAUUCUGGAGCACGACCUGUUCUUCUGCCCUCCCACCGAGGCCACAGCCCGAGACUUCCUGACCGAUGCACUGAUCACCCUCCUGGUGCCCCUGCUGGUGGCUCUGCUGCUUACCCUGCUGCUGGCCUAUGUCAUGUGCUGCCGGCGGGAAGGACGGCUGAAGAGAGAUCAAGCCACCUCUGACAUCCAGAUGGUCCACCACUGCACCAUUCGAGGGAACACAGAGGAGCUGCGACAGAUGGCAGCUAGCCGAGACGUACCCCGGCCACUCUCCACCCUGCCUAUGUUCAACGUGCGCACCGGUGAGCGGCUGCCCCCCCAGGUGGACAGCGCCCAGGUGCCCCUCAUCCUGGACCAGCACUGA